CCGCCUUUCGUCGCUUUCCCUUCUCCUCCCUUCGCUCCUCCUUUGGAUUGACCGCCGCUGCCGCGUCGUCCCUGCACAAGAACUCCCCCCCGCCUACCUCGGCUCUUUCAAACAACCUCACGACGCCGUUGCGCGUCAAUUCUGCCAGAAUGGUUCACAGCAAAGUCGUUAUCAUCGGUUCCGGCCCCGCCGCCCACACCGCCGCCAUCUACCUGUCGCGAGCGGAGCUGAAGCCCGUCAUGUACGAAGGCAUGCUGGCGAACGGCACCGCCGCCGGUGGCCAGCUGACCACCACCACCGACAUUGAGAACUUCCCCGGUUUCCCCAACGGCAUCGGUGGCGCGGAGUUGAUGGACGAGAUGCGCAAGCAGUCCGCCCGGUUCGGCACCGAGAUCAUCACCGAGACCAUCUCCAAGGUGGACCUGUCGCAGCGACCCUUCAAGCUGUGGACGGAGUGGAACGACGGCCCGGACAACGAGCCCGCCCACACCGCCGACGCCGUCAUCAUCGCCACGGGCGCCAACGCCCGUCGCCUGGACCUCCCCGGCGAGCAGAAGUACUGGCAGAACGGCAUCAGCGCCUGCGCUGUCUGCGACGGCGCCGUGCCCAUCUUCCGCAACAAGCCCCUGUACGUGAUCGGUGGUGGCGACUCCGCCGCUGAGGAGGCCAUGUUCCUCGCCAAGUACGGCAGCAGCGUCACUGUCCUGGUCCGUCGCGACGCCCUCCGCGCCAGCAAGACCAUGGCCAAGCGCCUCCUCGAGCACCCCAAGGUGAACGUCCGGUGGAACACCGUGUGCGUCGAGGUGCUCGGCGAGGACAAGCCCCGCGGCCUGAUGACCCACCUGCGCGUCAAGGACACCGUCACCGGCAAGGAGGAGACCGUCGACGCCAACGGCCUCUUCUACGCCGUCGGUCACGACCCCGCCACCGCUCUGUUCAAGGGCCAGGUCGACCUCGACGACGAGGACUACAUCCUCACCAAGCCCGGUACCAGCAUGACCAGCCUCGAGGGUGUGUUUGCCGCUGGUGACGUUCAGGAUAAGCGUUAUCGCCAGGCCAUCACUAGUGCCGGAACCGGCUGCAUCGCCGCCCUGGAAGCCGAAAAGUUCAUCUCCGAGAUCGAGGCCGAGGCACCCGCCACUUCCACCGAGAAGCCCGACACCGCCGUGGAAUACAAGACCAACCCGUUGCUGUGAACUCCAUUAUACUCCUCUCCUCCCUCACUCCUCCAGACAUGACAUGACAUGACUUCCUCUGUUUUUUAUUCCUGAAUAGAUAUCUAGAUUAUGACGUCUCUCUGAGUCUCUAGACA